AUGAGAGGAGAGGUCAUCCACAUCCAUCUGGGUCAGGCUGGUGCUCAGCUGGGCAACAGCGCUUGGGAGCUGUACCUUCUCGAACACGGUCUCAGCCCUGAUGGCCGCAUCAACCCGGAGGCCAAGGAUAUUGCCGAGGGCGGUUCCUUCGAUACGUUCUUUACCGAGACGAGCAGCGGCAAGUAUGUGCCGCGCUCCCUCUUCGUCGAUCUCGACCCCUCGCCCAUCGAUGAGAUCCGCACUGGCGAGUUUCGUCAGCUGUUCCACCCCGAGCUCCUGAUCAGCGGCAAGGAGGAUGCCGCCAAUAACUAUGCUCGCGGUCACUACACUAUCGGCAAAGAGAUGAUCGAUAAUGUCAUCGAUCGCAUCCGCCGCGUUACUGAUAACUGCCACUCCCUUCAGGGCUUCCUGAUCUUCCAUUCCUUCGGCGGUGGCACUGGCUCUGGUUUCGGUGCUCUGCUCCUCGAGCGCCUCGCGACCGACUACGGCAAGAAGUGCAAGCUGGAGUUCACCAUCUACCCGGCUCCCCGUCUCUCCUCGGCCGUCGUCGAGCCAUACAACGCUGUCCUGUCGACGCACAGCACCAUUGAGAACUCGGACUGCACCUUCCUGGUCGAUAACGAAGCCGUCUACGACAUCUGCCGCCGUAAUCUCGAUAUCCCCCGCCCGAGCUAUGAGCACCUGAACCGCUUGAUCGCCCAGGUUGUCUCGUCCAUCACCUCGUCAUUGCGCUUCGACGGUGCCCUGAACGUCGACCUGAACGAGUUCCAAACCAACCUGGUUCCGUACCCGCGUAUCCACUACCCGCUCAUCAGCUACGCCCCCGUCGUUUCGGCUGCCAAGAGCGCUCACGAGAGCUUCAAGGUCUCCGACCUUACCUUCCAAUGCUUCGAGCCCAACAACCAAAUGGUCGUCUGCGACCCCCGCAAGGGCAAGUACAUGGCCGUUGCGCUCCUCUACCGCGGCGACGUCGUUCAUCGCGACUGUAGUGCCGCUGUGGCCGCGCUCAAGCAGAAGGCCUCGUUCAACUUGGUCGAAUGGUGCCCGACGGGCUUCAAGAUCGGCAUCAACUAUCAGAAGCCGAUGGCCGUUCCCGUCAAGGACCCGUCCGAGGGUGGUCUCGCUGCCGUCGACCGCUCCGUCUCGAUGCUCUCCAACACGACCGCCAUCGCCGAGGCCUGGUCGCGCCUCGACCACAAGUUCGACCUCAUGUACAGCAAGCGCGCCUUCGUGCACUGGUAUGUCGGUGAAGGUAUGGAGGAGGGUGAGUUCAGCGAGGCUCGUGAGGACCUCGCUGCUCUCGAGAAGGACUACGAGGAGGUCGCGGCCGACUCGGCUGAUAAUGAAGGUGAGGCUGAGUACUGA